AUGCCUGUUCAAUAUGACACUGAAUUCGCUGAGGCCCUGGCUCUUAUCAAAUCUGGCCGCCCUCCAGCUCCCCCUGAGACGGCCUUCGAGAUGCGAUGCAACAACCACGCUCUCUUUGCCAAAGUGUUUCCCAUGGCACCCUCUUCUGAUAUCGUUGAACAGACAGAUUAUACGGUUAAGAGUUAUGAUGGCGCCCAGAUACUCCUUCGCCGCUAUGCAACACCAGAAGUCCUUACAGCGAAAGAACCACAACCUGCAAUUCUUGUAAUGCAUGGUGGCGGUUUUGUCUCGGGUACCGUGGAGAUAUGUGGAGGAACCAAUGCCGCCAUAGCGCUCGAAAUUGAAAGGCCAGUGUUCGCGGUUGACUAUCGUCUUGCGCCUGAGCAUGCUUACCCUGCAGCAGUAGAGGAUAGCUUCGCAAGUCUCAAGUACCUUAUAGAGCAUUCAGAAGAGCUAAACAUCGACCCGAAGCGGAUAUGUGUGAAAGGAAAUAGCGCUGGUGGAGGUAUAGCUGUCGGGACUGUUCUUAUGGCUAGGGACAGGGAGCUCGAUCCACCGGUUGCAAAGCUAAUGGCUAUAUAUCCUGAGCUAGACGACAGGACCUGUCACCCUCCUGAUGCUGAGUUUCUCAAACUCGCCACUUGGACCUCACAACACAAUGAACUCGCAUGGAAGGCUUAUAUUGGUGAAGACAAGGCUGGGAAGCCAGACGCAGAUGUUUCGCCUUAUGCAGCACCAGCGAGGGCUAAAAGCUACAAGGGGCUGCCGUCUACAUACGUUGGCGUUGGAACAUUGGACUUGUUCAGAGAUGAGGAUCUCGAGUUUGUGAGGAGACUGUUAGAGGACGAUGUUGAGGUCGAGUUUCAUCUCUGGCCUGGAGUGCCGCACGUAUUUGAGUUCCUUGCACCUGGUACAAGAUGGCAUCAGCGUGCUAAAAAAGCACAAAACGAUGCCUUAAGAAGGGUCUGA